AUGGAUCCGCAUACUGUAAACACGAUUGGCAUGCAGGGUGGCAUGUCAAUACCUAUGUCAAUAUCGAUGGCUAAUGCAAAUGGUACCAAUCAACAGGCUGUGGCGAUGGGCAUGAACGGCAGUAUGGGUAUGAACGCUUACGGAAUCCCUCAGCAGCCUUUACAGCAACAUCAAAGGCUGAUGAACAUGGGUCAUAUGAAUCAUAUGGCAAUGGGAUCUAUGGCUAUGAAAAUCAAUCCAAACGCGCCUGCGGCAGCUGGGAGUACAGGUGUGCAAGCGCCAUGCGUGCAGGCGGGUACAUCCAGCGCAGACUGGCGCAUCCAGCUCACGCGUGAACACCGAGCGAAUCUCAUCGCAAAAAUCUACAACGAAAUGGUUCGGGUGUCGGCUGACCCCGUACCGGGUAUCAAACUUUGGAUGAAUGUGUCCUGGUACGAAUUGACACUGUUUAAGGAGUCGCGUACGCAGGAGGAAUAUAUCAACAAAAUCUUUUCUCGAUUAAAGUCCUUGCGCGCACAGCAAACGGAUAUGAAUGCGGUUAUGGCAGCGCAGACGCUUCCGAAUCAGGGUAUGCUGUCAAGACUAGACUUUUCAUAUUAUAGUACCCUUAACCUGAAUCAGCAUGCUGGCGUACCUGCCUCCAAUGGUGGGAAUAUUGGGGGAUAUUUGGCAAACUCGCAAUACGGAAGCUCGGUUACCUUUUCCGGUUCGCAGCCAUCUCAGCCAACUAAACCGCUAACACUAAAUGCGAGAGGAAUGCCUGCAAAUCCCGCAGUACCAACUAGCACCACGCCACAGAUGACAGCCAAAUCAGAUGAGGGUGUUUUGGGUAAUAUAAGUGACAUGACCGCGGAGUAUUGGCGGCAACAUGCAGCACUUAAAGCAAAGUAUCAUGACGAUGUGGAAAAGGUACACAGUGCAUUUAAGAAGUAUGUUGAUCACAUGAAAGGCCACGACGAGACCGAACAAAAAAAAAAGCUGCGUUACCUUUUAAGCUAUGUGCAGCUUUGCGCGAGCAUUUUGAACGAGGACAAGACAACAAACCCGCCGCGGAAAAUUGAAGAGCUGGACAAAGUGUACAAGUAUAUAGUCAAGAUUGUGAAUCCGUAUUUGAAAAAGCUGCGCACGGAAACUGACAAGCGCAGCUUCACGUCUACUGUAGGCAGCCACGAUCCAACCGGAGUAAAUAUUCCUGUGGCGACGAACCCCGCUGUCAGCGUAGGCAUGUCUGCAAGUGUUGAGCGGGUCACAGCAUCAAGUCAUACCUCAAAUAAAGGUUUAAGUCCGCGAAAUCAAGCUCAGUUUUCUGCUUUGCAAAAUAACCAGCCGAACGCUUCGAAUCAACUACAAAGCAAUAAGUCGCCUAACAAUCAUCAAACAUCUCAGCAGAAGCAGCAUCAACAAGCUCAGCACGUUCAGCAAAGCCCUAAUUCUCAGCACCAACCAAACCAGUCUCAAUCCGCUAUACAGCGAUCUCAAGCAAAUCAUCAGACGCAUCAGCUUCCGCAACAAAGUCAGCAGCAGCGCCCACAAGGCCAGCAGCAGGCUCCGCAACAAGCUCAGCACCACACUCAGCAACAAGGUCAGCAGCAGGCUUCGCAAAAAGCUCAACAACAUGCUCAGCCACAAGGUCAGCGACAGGGUCCGCAACAAGCUCAGCAACAGGCUCAGCAACAAGCUCAACAUCAGGGUCAGAAACAGGAGGAUCCACCUCAUCCUCAUUCGCUACAGAAGUCUCAACAGCAUCAACAGCAACCUAUACCGUCAACACACGCAUCACGCACGGAAACAACCUCAUUGAAUUUGGACGACUCGCUAUAUGGAGGUAUGGAUAGCGCUGGAUUGUUGCAGAUGGCAUCCAACCUUGGAUCUUCAGGUACCUCUUCGGGAUUCAUGAACUUUCCGAAUGACCUCUCGCCCACCAAUUUCUCAAGUAUGGACCUUCUUGAUAUGGAUGGCUUCAUGGGCCAGGAUAGCAAUGGCAACGCCGGUGGAGGGCAAAAUACAACUAAUAACUCUGGUGAAAACAACACAACCCCAGGCGAUGGAGCUGAUUCAGAUUUGAUGUUUAUGGAAGCACUUUGA